UUGCGCGUCGCGGCGCUUCAGCCACGCAAUGCGUGGAUUCAGCCGCUUUGGCCGUGCCCGUUGCAUGCCGGGAAACGCAGUUCGCGAGCCUCGGGUACGUCGACGAUAGAUGACGGGACACACGUUGUACGUUCACAUCAGGUCCCUGCACGCCGGAGCCUGGGCGGUCCACGAUAGCGAGUUUGCCACGCUGCGACAGCUCAUAGGCUUGUCCCCCAGGCAUUCUGGUGGACUACGAACGCAAACUGAAGCUCUACGACUUGUCGUCCGUUUGCGCUCUCGCCGAGGCACAGGCUGCUCGCAGACCACCCUGCUCCGAAAACUAAGAGGUAGGUGGUAGCCCACUCAUCUGGUUACUGAUACUGGCCGGCAUCAGCUGACUGUCGGCAGGUCCUUGGGCAACUGGUGUCUGAAAUGGGACGGACGUCGAAGGACAAGCGGGAUGUCUACUACCGCCUGGCUAAGGAGAAUGGCUGGCGUGCUCGCAGCGCCUUCAAACUGCUACAACUGGAUAAGGAAUUCCAACUCUUCCAAGGCGUGACACGGGCAGUUGACCUGUGUGCAGCCCCGGGCAGCUGGAGCCAGGUGCUGAGUCAGAAGAUUGGGGGCCAAGGGUCCGGCCACGUGGUGGCUGUGGACCUGCAGGCUAUGGCUCCACUACCAGGUGUGGUACAGAUCCAGGGGGACAUCACCCAGCUGUCCACUGCCAAGGAGAUCAUCCAGCACUUUAAGGGGUGCCCUGCGGACCUAGUGGUGUGUGACGGGGCUCCUGAUGGUAAAUAGCAACAGAAAGUGGGAGGCCAGGCGGAGGCCCCUGUGCGUGUCCUUCUCUGUAUCUCCCACCUUGGUUGACUUACUCACCUCUUCAGUUACUCCCUGCCUCUCCCUUCUGUUCUCAGCUUUCUCCUACAUCUGGCAACUUUUCCCUACCUCUGCUGCCUGCUCUCUCUCUGCCUCUCUCUUCCUCCCACUUGCACCCCACCCUUUGAGUUUCAUGUCUGUUGUCUACCUUUCCCUGCUCUCAUCUCUCUGCAAUUGUCCAAUUCCGUUGCACUGUUCAUUCGUUUUUCAGCCAGCCAGCCAUUCAACACACAUUUACUGAGCACCCAUUGUGUUGGGAAAACAUUCAUGAAUAAAAUUCCAUUAAUCUUUAACCUCAUGGAGCUGAUGUUCUAGUGGGAGCAAAUGGGAAAGAAAAUAAAUGGUUGAGCUUUGUACCGUUAAAAGGGGAUGCAGCCAGGCAUGGUGGCUUCUACCCGUAAUCCCAGUGCUUUGGGAGGAUGAGGUGAGAGGAACACCUGAGACAGGAGUCUGAGACCAACCUUGCAACAUAG